AAGGGGGCGGCCGCGCUCGCUUUCUCCUCUGAUCUACAAGCUCUUGUCGCAAUGGCUCUGGUGAAGUCUGUCUACAAUUUGCUGUUCAGAAGGACGUCUACUUUCGCUGUAACCAUUAUGGUUAGUGCGGUCUUGUUCGAACGAAUGUUUGACCAAGGGGGCGAUGCUAUUUUUGAGCAGCUGAAUCAAGGGAAACUUUGGAAACACAUCAAACAUAAUUACGAUAAAGACGAGUAAUUGGAUGUGGCCUCAUUGUUGCGGAACAAGACAACUGCAUCUCGUCCCCCUGCCAUGGUUCCACACCUUACUCGUAGUCAACAUGGAUGAUGUUCAGAGACUCAAGCUCAGGCUGACACCAAGCCACCAAACACCUUGGGGAAAAGACUGGUGGGAAUAUCACGGGGAUGGAGUGGAGUAUACAUCUUCCCGAAAACUUGUCCGCACUCCUCAAGUUAAUUAUUCGUGAUUAUCAUCCUGUCCAUCUUGUCCCGUACGAAGUACAAAUGUGUUGUUAAAUUAAACAAGAAUGUGUUAAUGUCA